AUGCCAGACUUACUUUCGUUUGAAGGAAUACCUUUACCUGGCAUAGUGGUUGAAAAAGAAUUUAUUGAAGAAAUUUGUGAUAAGUUUAUGAUCAGAGAUGAAGACACAGUCAUACUGUCUUACCCCAAAUCAGGAACUAACUGGCUGAUUGAGACUGUCUGCUUGAUUCAGACCAAGGGAAAUCCAAAGUGGAUCCAAUCUGUGCCCAUUUGGGACCGCUCCCCCUGGAUAGAGAAUAAAGCAUCAUAUCAAAAGUUGAUCAGUAAGGAAGGACCACGCCUCCUCACCUCCCACCUCCCCUUCCAUCUUUUCCCCAAGUCUUUCUUCAGCUCCAAGGCCAAGGUGAUCUAUCUCAUCAGAAAUCCCAGAGAUGUUCUUGUGUCUGGUUAUUUUUUCUGGCAUAAGAAAAAAAUUGGUAAGAAUCCAAAGUCACUGACAACUUAUUUUGAAUGGUUCCUCAAAGGAAAUGUGGUAUAUGGAUCAUGGUUUGAGCACACAUGUGCCUGGCUGUCCAUGAGAGAAAAGGACAACUUCCUGCUACUGAGCUAUGAAGACAUGAAACAGGACACAAAGAGCAUCAUAAAGAAGAUUUGUGAAUUCCUAGGAAAAAAAUUAGAGCCAGAUGAGCUGGAUAUGGUCCUCGAAUACAGCUCCUUUCAAGCCAUGAAAGAAAAUAAAAUGUCCAAUUUCAGUCUCAUCCCUGAAAAUACGGUUACUCACAAUUUGGUUCUCUUGAGAAAAGGCAUAUCUGGGGACUGGAAGAAUCACUUUACAGUAGCCCAAGCUGAAGCUUUUGAUAAAGUGUUCCAAGAGAAAAUGGCUGAUUUCCCUCCAGGGCUGUUUCCAUGGGAAUAA